UCCCAAUUUCCCUAAUUUCACAGGUGUCUCGAAAGCACAAAUGUUGGACGUCGUAGAUGUCCCAGUUGUGAGUUCCCAGUUUCGAGUUCGCUUGAACGCAUCCACAGUUUCGGGCUAGAGCGUCAGGUUCGACGCCUGGAAGAGCGGCGAUGCACUCUGGACGGGAAAGAAAGAGUGUGACUGCAAUUAAUAUGGAAAAGUAUGGCGAAUCACUGACCUACUAUUUUGGAGUAGUACAUGAAUGUAGGGUAUGACAUAGGACAUUUGUAUGUGUGAACGAACAACAAUCAGCAAGCUUUGGAACCGAAUUUUGAACUUCUGGACGCUCAUUCAUGUUGAUCUCAAUAUUCGAUAUCAAAUUCAACACGUGAAUUUCUCUGGACACUUGUUUUACGAAUAUUUUUACUCAGAAGUUGCAUUAUGGAUGUUUUCUUAUUGGAUGUAACAAUAUUGGAUUGCGUCCAUUCUUUUUAGGAGCUCAUGGAAACGAUUACAACACCCCAUUUGGACAUAAGCCUAUGGUACUGGAGGCCUUAACAACGUCAUUCUUGGAUAACAAACAAGUACUGGGAAUUUUAACGAUUCGAAGGGAGUUUUUAUGUAACUUUUGAACUGUUUUAUAAUGCUAUUACAUUCUCCAAAGCAUCCCCUCGGUUAGUUUCUCUACCCAAAUCGAUUAAUUCACGACACCGAAUCUCUUCUGAAUAACGUCUCUGUUCUUAUCUGAUCCCGUCUGCGCGGCACGUACAAGUUGAGCACCCUCACCCAGGGUGAGAGUUUCGCGUAAAUGAUGUUGCUGCUCUACCCGCAUCUUCUCCUUCUCCUCCGCGUGGGCUUAUCCGAGGCUUCGCAGGGCAUCAUCCAGGACAGCGGAUACUCUCAUCACCACAAUGACCCGACGCACGGAAUCAACGACCAGAAAAUGCUGUUCGACUCAACAGAUCCCUGCUUGGGAAUGUUUCCUCCCUGUAUGAGCGAGGAGGAUCGCUACAGCCUGGAGGCUCUGAGAACCAUCCACAGGAAAAUCGACGAUGACCAAGAUGGAGGCAUUGAGGUGGAGGAGAGUGUGGAGUUUAUCAUUGAGGACAUGAAACAGCAACAGACGAAUAAACACAGUCACCUUCACAGAGAGGAUCAGCACAUCACAAUAGAGGAACUGUGGAGGGGAUGGAAGCUCUCUGAAGUUCAUAACUGGACUCAGGCGGAUGUUUUGAGUUGGCUCAGGGACUUUGUGGAGCUGCCACAAUACGAGAAGAACUUUAAAGACUUCAGAGUCAAUGGAAAUGCCUUGCCCCGAAUUGCAGCCAAUGAGCCGGCGUUCCUGAGUGGCCAGCUGAAGGUCCUGGACCAGAGAGACAAACAGAAGUUCAACAUCAAGGCCCUGGAUGUGGUGCUGUUUGGCCCCCCUACACGCCCCCCACAUAAUUACCUGAAGGACCUGUUGCUGAUUGUUUCCACGCUAAUGGGUGUGGGCGGGCUGUGGUUCGCCCAGGUCCAGAACAAAGCUUCUAAAGUCCACAUCUCCAAGAUGAUGAAGGACCUGGAGAGUUUGCAGAAUGCUGAGAUCAGCCUCAGAGAACUGCAGGAACAGUUAGAGCGAGCACAGGAGGAGAAGCGUAACGUGGCGGAGGAGAAACAGAACUUAGAGGAGAAGAUGAGGGAUGAGAUAAUGGGUGCCCAGGAGGAGGCGCAUCGACUCCACAAGCUCAGAGCAGGAGCCGUCAGUGAACUCAGUCGCCUGAGAUACGCCGAGGAGGAGCUGGAGCAGGUGCGUGGGGCAUUGAAGAGGGCAGAGAAGGACAUGAUGGCUUGCUGGUCGGUCCCAGAGACCCUCCAGCUUUGGCUCCAGCUGACCUACGAGGUGGAGGUCCAGUAUUACAAUGUCAAGAAGCACAGUGCCGAACUACAGCUGGCCACCGCUAAGGAAGAGGCAGAGAAGAUCAAGAAGAAGAGGAGUUCCCUCAUGGGGACAUUCCAUGUCGCUCACAGCUCCUCUUUGGAUGAUGUCGACACCAAGAUCCUGGAGGCCAAGAACGCCCUGUCUGAGGUCACCGCCUGCCUCCGUGAGCGGCUGCACCGCUGGCAGCAGAUAGAGCGCCUGUGCGGCUUCCCGGUCCUCAGGAACUCCGGCCUGGCCAGCCUGACCGCCACGCUCUACUCCGAUUCCAGCUGGGUGGCCGUGCCGCGCCUGCUCGCCUCCUCCUACCAGUCCUGCUCCACGUCGGGAUCCAGGGAGGACCUGAUGGAGGACCCCUCGGCCUCCAUCCUGGUUCAGCCAAUGAAGCGCUCCCCUCUGUCUCGGGGCUCCUCCCUCUGUCGCCAGCGACGUUCCGGACAUGGCUCCUCCUCCUCCUCCACUUCCAUCUCUUCCGACCCUGAUAUCCUGAUCCCCAUCCGCUCACCGCUACCUCGCUUUGAGGAAGAAGAGCAGAACGUCUUCAACACCCAGUGGAGAGGAGAUCCUCAGGAAAUGUAUGGCGACUCAGACUACAAGACCUCUACCAUGUCUGCAGAACCUGCUGGUAUUGAAUCCCCCGUUUGCAAAACAUCUAGAGAGGAACAAGAAGCUUCCUUGGUAGCAGCCACAAAAAGGAAACCGCCCAAAAAUGAGCCUGACUCUACUUCGGUAGAGAGCACCACUACAAGAACAAUGUAUCAAGUGAGAACUGAGGCUUCCGUGGACCACUGUGCCAGCACCGUAGCUGGGAAGACCUCAGGUGUUUCGAUGGACGAUGUCUCACUGAAGUCAUCCAGAGAUGAGUAUCCCGGGGUACCCUUUGGGACUCAUGUCACAAAGAAGAGGUCAUCGCUGUCGAGAGAUAUGAUGGGUUUGUCUUUGGACUCCGGCUCCAGGCAGAUGAUUAGAGAGGGCGGGGGACAAAUCCCGUUGGACAACAACACUAUAUGGGGAAGGACCAGAGAAGAAAUGGCGGAAGCCAUUGGCACUCCGAAAAGAAGACUGUCCAGUGAAGAAGUGGACUUCUUAGCCGACAGUGCCCAGAGGAGGAUGGCGAUGGCCAAAGAAAAGCUGGCACUUCACCUGGACAGCACCUCCCCACAAAAGAUCCUCCGGGAGAAGAUGGAGUUUCCUGUGGAAAGGUCUUUGAGGAGGAUCUCAAUAGAGGAACAUUGCGAGAUGUGUUCUUUCACUCAUGGAAUGAACAGUGAUAGGACCAACUGCUCCCUGGACACGCCCACUGGAAAUACCACCAGAAACAGGGCUGACGUCGCUGUGGAAAUGCCCAAACGGAAGACAUCCAGGGAGGAGUUUCUAGGACUGGGAGGUGCAGAGUCAAGUCAGGAUCACGGAACCCAUGUUAAGGUUCGUGGUCGGUUCGUACAACCCGACCUCACCUUGUCAACUCCAUGGAAACCUCCUCUGAUCUCAGACCCUUACACCCCCACCCACCUCAAUGAGCUGGUUUAUGACGGAAUCCUGGAGAAGCCCUGCGUUACAUUCGCAGCGACCUCUGACCCGCCCCAAAGGAUUAUAGAAGACGGAGAGAUGGGAGUGAAUCCUCCCAUCCCUCCUCCAAGAAGUAACCGGUCCAUGAACAAGUUGCCUCCUGAGAUGAGAGAAGGAGGGAACCCCAGGGACAAAGAGAAAAGCAAGUCGUCCAAACUCAAGAACAUUUUUAAGAAGAGGAAAGACCAUACCCCAGAACGGCCACAGGAUGGCCUGAACAAUCUCUGACUGUUAACUGGAAUUUAAAAACAGUUUCUUAUGUUAUUUGUAUUUAUUUUUUAACAUAAAUUCUCUUAAAGGUUAUUUUCUCAGAACCAUCAUGGACUGUAGGCUGGGAAUAGAAUGUUUGAGAUGAGAGAAGGAGAUAAACGCCACCAAGUCUAAUUGGACACCCGGAGGAGUAGUGUGGUGCCGGCAGACAACAUUCUGUUGAAUCAUGUUCUAAUAGCUAGUCUAAAGGUACCAAACAUAUUGGAUAACAUUUCACUCUACGGAAGUCAUGAAACUCAAGAAAGACUGCAGCAAAUGCUGCAGCACUGAAGACAUGCUGGACUGUAGACUUGUAGAAAUGCAUCUGGGAAGACGUGUGUCCCUUUGGUCUCCAGAAGGACAGUUUAUAAGGUCUGGAGUCUAGGCUUGCAAAAGUGCAGUUACUUUCACCAGUUUGUUCAGGUUUUCCCCAAAUCAUUGUUGGAAGAAUACUGGAAUAAUGAGGGAAUCGGCAGGACAUCUGGAUGCAAUCAGGACAGGAACGUAACUGUAAUUCUGCAACUGUAGCCAUGCCAAUUCUUAUAUAUUUGUAUUACUAACAGGUCUUUCUAUUGAUCAGAAUUGGCUAGGCUGUCCAAACGUAAGUCUUAAUACAUGUAGGUUCUGUAGACUGUUGUUUACAAACUCAGUCCUGAAGGACCAUGAGCACAUUUAGUUUUUUUGCCAACUUUUUUCCCCACCCUUGCUAUGAGAUAAGAUAUUUAUUUAUUUUUCUGGGAGCAUUUUGUUGUUGUUGAAGCUUUUCUUCAGUGAUUUUAAAUGGUUCCUAGGACGUUUUUCUCAGUGCAGUCGCUGAGCUUUGCUUGGGAGAGAUUUUCUUUCUUUGGAGAGUGUAACAUCAUAAGGUUUUGUUGAUUGUCCCCAAAUGUCCAGGUUUCCUAAAAUUCUGGUGAAAGGAUUUACUGAAUAAUGUGAGUGUAAGUGUUGGGAGAAUUACAGUAAUGCUGGACAUGUGCAUGGUUGAAAACCACAAAGCUUUGUCCUUGACAUUUUGAUUUAAGAGUAUGUGAUUCUUUUAGCGUAUUACAUUAGUUUUUUUAGAUUAUUUUCUGUUCAUUUUGUCAUUUUCAUGCUGGGAGAUUUGUUCAUUAGGUUGUUUUGUUUACAGGUCUUAUUUAAAGAUGCCUUGGGAGACAUUUCUUAGAAUUUUUAUAUUUAACAUUUUCUUGCCGUCUUUUCUUAAACUGAUUUCCUUGUGACAAUUUUCUGGCCUUUGAUAUCUACAAUAGAGUCAAAGAUUUCUAACGAAUGCCUUAACAAAGUUUAUUACUUCAUAACUCCCUCUGUAAUAACCUGCACUGGAUACUUUAAUGAAAUAAACUUUGACUUUG